UUCCAAUUCACAGCAUGUCGCCGGAAGAGCUUACGUUCACGCUGGUGCUGCUGGCACUGUAUGCGGUCCCAUCGACGUUCCUUGUGCUCCGACGUCUCUUCACCGACCCCAAAGGUUGCCUGACCAAAUUCUUCGUCCUGAACUUCGUCGUGCUCCUGCUCUCGUUCUUCUUCGUGUGGCAACUCGUGGAAGCAAUCCAAACAAGCGACAUGAUCGCGUUCGACCCAUACGAGAUCCUCAACAUUCCAGGGUAUUCCACCAAGAAAUCCAUCCGCAAGGCCUACCGCGCACUCAGCCAGCAACUGCACCCCGACAAAUCGCGCGAUCCGUUGGCCGCGUCCAAGUUUUCCCGCGUGGCCAAGGCUUACGAAGCCCUCACGGACCCCGCGGGCAUUGCCAACUACAAGAAGUACGGCCAUCCUGAUGGGAAAUCGUUCCACCUUGUCGACUUCAAAGCGAUGAGCGGAACCACGGGCCUCGCCAUCAUCGCGGCCGUCUAUGGCGGUGUGCUCGUGGCCGGCAUUUUGAUGGCGCUGUUCGGCGGCGACCGGUACAAGCCAGAGGUGAACCCGGAGCUGGUGGAGCGCAUGAUGGCGGGAUGGCACGAUAAAAUGUCGACAUUUGAGAUUUUGACACGAAUUGUGACGGGGGUUAAGCAGCCAUUGGAGGAGAAAGCAGCCGGCAACUGCUGCGGCGGGGGCGGCUCCCUCUACGAAAUGGACGACGACAUGAAGGCAUUCUUGGUGGCGCUGGAAACCCACCAGUGCAUAUCGGCGAUCGAACACCGCGAUAUUUCGCGCAUCACAGGCCAAGACCACGUCCAACGAGAUGUGAUUGCCUUGUACUACCACUUGAAUCAAGCCAAAGUGCACGCCGUGAAGGACCUCGUCGUGCCUUGCAUCUUACCCCCCCGGGCCAAAGACAUUGCGCUGCAACUGCCGUACUUGCUCGACGUGUUUGUGGAGCUGUCCAUCAAGAUGGUAGCGGACAAGCGGUCCGACUCGGCGACGAUUGUGCAUGCGUUGCGGUUGUAUCCGUCGCUGGCGCAAGGGUCGCUGGUUGCCGACGCGGCGGCCAUUGCUGUGCAGCGGGGGCGGUUUCCAGACGGCGCCAAGGUACCGCAGCUGACGUUAACCGAGGCCACGUUGACCGUGGACGGCGAAAGCGACGUGUUCCCCAAGGAUUGGGUGACGUUGCGCGUGACGUGUGCGCGUCAGCACGUGGUGCCAUCGAAACCAGCGGCCAAGGCUCUGACCAUAUACGACAAGAUCGAUCCGUCGUAUUUGUACCGAAAGGAGCAGCUGUGGGUCGUGGCUUACGAAGGGACGACGCACACUUUGCUUGGUGCGUGGAAGGUUGAAGACCCCUCAGACAGCCAUCAAGUGUCGGAUGCGCUCGGGUUCUGGGCGCCAGCGUCCACGGGCGCGUUCAAGGUCGAGGUCAGAGUCUUGUCGACGACGUACUUGGACGUGGAGGCUAGCCAGACGCUGACGUUGAACGUAGUUAAGCAACCGCAGCAGCACCAGUCGACGUCGAUCUUUGAAGAACUCGACUCGGACGACGAGUAGUCGAGAUAACAUUAUAUGCAAAGUUAGUGUUGUCCUGAGAA